AGUGUUUCUCUCCUUUUUCGGAUGCUAGCUGGUAUUUUAAAAAACUAACUAAACUGAGGAAUGUCAUUGACAAACAGGCUUUGAUUGAGGCGGGGUUGACUAGAAGAUUCAAGAUGAGAAUUUUUUUUAUCUCUCUCUUAUUGUUGUUGAAAAAUAGAGUAUCAUAGAUUGUUGUGGCAUCGGUUGUGUGUCCCAAAACAUAGAUUUGUGUUUUGGUAAGCUCUCAAUGAACAUCUUUUGACCAGAGAUGUUUUAAGUCACUUCCUUUCGAUUGACUCUGUACUGCCCUGUGUGUGUUAUUUGUCGAGUCUCAUAACCACCUCUUCUUUUAUUGUAUCUUCUCUCAAAAAGUUAUAAAUGAUGUUUCUUGUUGGUUUGUCCAUUAGGAGUGGCCAACUAACCUUGUAUAUUUGUCUUGUUUCAGCCUUGUUACCUGUUGUGGUGUAACAUAUAUUUGAAGGGACUUUCUUCAUGUGGCUGGUACGGAACUCAUGGCCAAUGAUUUCCAAUUUUUCCUUUGCUUGCUUUGGAAGAUGUGGCAUUGCAGGAAUGAAUUUCUUCAUCACAGAAGAGUUAUGGCGCCAGCUUCUCAAAUACACGUUGUGGCCGAUUUCUUGGAACAAUAUCAGCAACACAACACACAACAAUUUCCCUUCAAGGCUCCCACUGCCCCCACCGAGCCAAACAAUGAAACUCCUUCAGGUUUUCAAUUGAAACUAUCAGUGGACGCAGCACAGAAUGUUGCAGCAAACAAAACGGGCCUUGGUUUUGCUAUAUAUAACUCGCAUGGGGACCUGGUGUUGACUGUAUCAUCUCCUUGGAAUGGCACUCACUCAGCUUUACUAAUGGAGGCCCAUGCACUCUCCUUUGCGCUAUCCUGGUGUCAAAGACAUAAUAUAAAAUUGGAUUACAUUGUUUCUGACUCUAAAACGCUUGUGGAUUAUAUUUGUAAUCAUGCUACUCAUCAUUUGCUUUUAAAUAGGUUUGCAACAAACAUUAGAAGCUUGCUGUCUUUUUUCUCUAAUGUUACUUUCAGGCACAUCUCUAGGCAAGAAAAUGAGGAUGCUCAUCAUCUUGCAAAGUAUGCAUUAGGCUUAGAUCAGGAAGCUAUCUGAAAAGCUCAGAAUUUCUCUAUGUAAUUUGUAUCCUGCACUUCUAUCUUCAUCAAUGAAAUGGAUACACUUCUUAAAAAAAAAAAAAAAUUCUAAGCUUAAACAUAAAGAGAAAAUUGUUAUCAUUAUGAUAAAUAAUUUCUAAGUUUGUAGGGU